AUGCACCUCUUUGGCGUCCAGCAAAAGCUCAGCACGGGCUCGUACACGUCGCUCACAGCCUUUGCCUACGACAUGCGCCUCAUCUUCUCCAACUGCCUCGUGUACAAUGCGGAUGUGAUCUUGAGCGGCCCGAUCCGCGACCACGCCGUGAAGCUCCUCCAGGCUUUCGAGUCGCUCAUGCUGCAGUCGUUUGGCCAGUCACGGAAUACGUGGCCGGGGCUCGCCGACGUUGACCGGUGGAAGUGCCACCAGAUCCUCCACGACCUCCUCGCACCAAGCAAGGCUUCGACCCUGCCCAUGCAUGUGACCCACGCCCGCGAGUCGACGUCGACGCCCGCUACGAAGCGCGGCGCGGCCUUCCCGACGCGGCCGGCCCGCGGCGCCAGCGGUACGUUGCCGCUCUUCCGCAACUGCUCGUCGGCUGUGCCCGAGUACUUUGCCCGCAUGGUCGACUACCGCCAAAUGGACCUCGAGGCCACGUACUACCAGAUGGUGACGCUGUGCAUUGCGCCCUCCAAGGUCUACAAGAGCGCGUACUACCGCAAGCAGACCAAGAACCGCUGGGCGCGCGACGACCCGGCGUUCGCCGUCAUCCAGGUGCUGUUUCUGUUUGUGGCGUCGCUGGCGUGGACCGUGGCGUUUGAGAAGACGUCGUCGCUCGGUUUCCUCCUCAUCUGCGAUGUCAUUGUCGAGUGGCUCGUCCUCGGCGUCCUCCUCUCGACGGCCAGCUGGUGGUGCGCCAACACCUUCUUGCGCCUCUCGCCACCGGGCAUCGCAAGCGACACGUUCUUUGUCGAGCAGUCGGUCGAGUGGCAGUACGCGUUCGACAUCCACUGCAACGGGUUCUUCGUGCUCUUCCUCCUUAUCCACGUCGUGCAGUUUCUGCUCGUGCCGCUUCUCGUGGCAGAUACCUUUGUGUCGCUCUUCAUCGCCAACACGCUGUACGCACUGGCGUGUGGCAGCUACUUUUACAUUACGUUCCUCGGCUACAUGGCGCUCCCGUUCCUCCACAACACGGAGCGAUUCCUGUACCUGGUCGUCGCCGUCGGCGGCUUGUACCUCUCCAGUCUCGUGCUCUCGAUCGUCCUUGGCGUCAACUUCAACUGCGCCGCCAUGUCCGCGGCCUACUAUUAUUCUGCCUAAGACCCCAAGACGACAAUCAAAGCGUGUACAUACAGGG